AUGGCUGGCAGAGAACACCCUCCUGCCCAGCCCGCCUACGCCAAUGGUCCCAAGACACAACAUAGAUCGCUUGUCGGCCAUGUCAGCAUUUUGGCUAAUAUGCUGACAUUGAACCCGAAUGAUAUGCGAGAGCGCUGGAGCGCGAUUCUGUGGCUCGGGCUGCCCGAGAGCGGCUUAUUUACUUUGGGUUCACCGCCUUGGUUUGCAUCAUCCCUGUGUGGUACCCCCUUGGUUUGCAUUGCUUUAUUCACUUUCCCGGUAUCCGCAGCCGAUACUUUCCUGGCUAAUCGAAGAUUACCAGUCUGUGCCGGCAGCUUAAUACCGGCGACCCGAAGGAAGCUCGUUCAACUUGCAGCGAUUUUGAUCACCCUGGGUUACCAGCUUGUCCUGUUGACGACGAUCGUUUUGCCCGCGAAUCUAUGCGGAAGCAAUAAUUCGUCUCCGGCAGAGAUUACCGAUAUUGGUGAACGCAAGCCUUCAGCGUUGACCUGUGCUCCCAUUGCAACUGCCGCUCCUCUGGAUCAAACCGAAGACAAGGACCAAGAGGUAUCGAGCGGCCUCAGGACCGGCCACGAUGCAUCCCUUCCGGUCCAGCGGCGAAGUGCGACAAGCCCAUCUCGCAUUGCAGGGGGCCACGGCAAGUAUCGUGCGGUUGUCGGGUCAAAUUCAGGACGAGAGAGAGACGCUGCUGAAGGCGGGUUUCUGGGCAAGGGCCCCUUCUAUACCAUGUGCCAAGAGGCCAUACUCCCAGCACCUCGACUACCUCCGGGCCUUCCGCGGGCCUCCGGCUGCCAAGAUUGCGGAACUGGCCGUCGCAUCACGAAGUACAGUCGCUGUUACAAAGUUGAUCCCCCAGGGGGGCAAGAUAAUUUAGCCAUUCAUUUCUUUCUUGCAUAUGAAAUCCGCCCCAUAACCCCCGCCUUACCCCCGUACGGGGGUUGA